ACGGGUCAUCGUAUACCGUCCCGCCUGCGGACGAACCGAAAUAAAUCGAACGACGCCGAGGCGAUCAGAAGUACGGUGCUCGCUGGACGCGACUGUUUCGCGUUAGUGAUGAUCAAAACGAGUUGUCGUGGUCGUUGUUUGCGGCAUUUCGCGAAAACGAGGGAACCGUGAUCCGUGAUCGAAGGCUCGAGGUGCAGAGGAGGCCGAGGACACGCGUCGUCGCUCGUUGCCGCGGCCACGGAUGCAUAUGGAGGUGUCCCCGAACCGGCGCUGUCUGAACCAGCUCAACAGCUGAUCGGAGUACGAAGCGGCGGUGAACGGGGCCACUAUUGCACCACCACCCCGCGAUUGGAAGAAAUUCAAUUCAAUAAUCGCCGCUGGUUAACGGCCAGACGUUUGCCACACACGGGAGGAAAGGGUCUCGACGACACUUGAUAAGCGAGAAGGAGGAGAAUCGACGACAGCGACGACGACGACUACAAAGGGAAAAGAGGCAAAAGAAAGAAAAAAAAAGGAAGACGACGGACAAGGGCGAGAGGAGAGGUCUCUUUGCUUGCUCGGACACGCCAUCAUGGUCAAAACUUUUCAAGCAUACCUGCCCUCGUGUCACCGCACUUACUCGUGCAUUCACUGCCGUGCUCACCUCGCCAACCACGACGAACUCAUCUCUAAGUCCUUCCAGGGCAGUCAAGGUCGUGCCUAUCUCUUUAAUUCCGUAGUGAACGUGGGCUGUGGUCCUGCGGAGGAGCGAGUUCUGUUGACCGGGCUUCAUGCCGUCGCUGAUAUUUACUGCGAAUGUUGCAAGACCACCCUCGGGUGGAAAUACGAGCACGCGUUCGAGUCGAGUCAGAAGUAUAAAGAGGGCAAGUUUAUAAUCGAGCUUGCUCACAUGAUCAAGGAGAAUGGAUGGGAAUAAAUCGUCCAGGGGAAGGACAACGGAGGUUCGCCCCGAUGCAGAGAUACCCAUCGAACUUUCCUCGACGACGACGACGACGACGACGAUACGCCUACAAUGUUGUUCUAAUUGCAAUGUGCGGCCCCCUCCCCUCUGUCAAACCACCAACGAAAGUCUGUGAUUUCAUUUGUGAUUUGUAAUCUUAGUAACUUUUUAUGUUUCGGACAAUUCGACGUUGUUUUUCGUUCUUUCCGAUCGACUCAUCGAACAACAAACGAUGACACCGGCGAUCCGCUGCGUCGCGGAUCGGACAUACGAAGGAGUAUUGUAAAGAAAUUAUUUUUCAAAAAAGAAAGGAGAAAACAAAACACAAAACAAAAAAAAAAUAAGUACGUAUAACAAAGAAACGAUAGAGUAUAAGACCGAGAUGUCGUUAAGAGGCGACGGUGAAUAUGAUGACGAUGAAGGUGCCAUGGUGGAGAAGAUGAGGAAGAGAGAUCGGUCCGUUCGAACAGUGGGGUGCCCCACCUAAUUUUUCAAUUCAUUUCAUCCUCGCAACACGUUUACCCGCGAAAUGUCGACGAUAAAUGGUAAAAAUUAUCGCGCGGGGCACCCCGAUCGAUCAGUUUUAAUCCGUUAUGCACCGGUGCAGCGCAAGUGCCACAGACUUUGCUGGACUGACUGCCUGCCUGCCGCGUCUAUCAUUGGAAUUUCACUGCCGAUAUUCCUAAUAUUAAUUAAGAAUUGCUGCGCCGCGUGUAGUUGGCGACGCAGCGGUGGUAGUUUUUAGUAUAGCUUACGAUAUAGCGUACUAAAGCCUAUGUUACAAUAUUAUAGGACCUCAUGGACAUAGAUACUAAGGAAUACGUAAGAGAGUGAUGAUAUUGAAAGAAGAAGAGAAUGAGAGUGAGAGAGAGGAUAGAAAGGUAAAGGUCUGGUUACUCGUGUCGCGUGUACAUGUUUGAUUUUAUGUUCACCAUGCCUGCCAAACUGUCUGUUUGUCUGCCAGUCGCCAUUACUGUUAGUAAAAAAAAGAAAACAACAAAAAAAAAAA